AUGGAGAACGACGCUCAGCGCUCGGCCAGUGAUGACUCUUCGAGUUCCGGUCUCUCUUCCCAGGAUGAUGACCACGACCUCGCCCAACCCACUACCAUCAAUACUACUACCGACACUAGAUCCUAUUUGCCCUCUAAUGUAUCCCUUGAAAUUCUCCAGGCGCACCUAGACGCUGACGGCUCUGACUCUUCCGAUGCUUCUGGACCGCGGGUACAUCCCGACUUCUUCGUCCAUCUUGAAAAUCUACGAAGGGUCAACGAAGCCAAUCGAGUCAACGCACGCAGAGAUGCUGAAGCCUGGUAUGAAGCUGCGAUGGGGCACCCGCCUCAGCAUCAAGAUCCUUUGAUGUUCAACGGGUCCCAGCAUGAAGCCCCUCAGAUGCACGAUCAGCCCCAGCAUGAUGCUCCUUUCAUGUUCAACGGGCCCCAGCAUCAAGCUUCUCAGACGUACAGUCAGCCCCAGCAUGAUGCUCCUUUCAUGUUCAACGGGUCCCAGCAUCAAGCUUCUCAGACGUACAGUCAGCCCCAGGAUGGAACUCCUUUCAUGUUCAAUGGAUCUCAGCAUCAAGCCUCUCAGAUGUACAAUCAGCCUCGGCAUGAUGCUCCUUCUAUGUUCAACGGGUCUCAGCAUCAGGCUUCUCAGACUCACAGACAGCCCCGGAAUGAAAUUUCUUUCACGUUCAAUGGGUCUCAGUAUCAAGUUUCUCGGGCGUCCAACCAGCCCCAGAAUGGAGCUUCUUCUUCAGUGCCUAACCAACCCCAGAACGGAAGUUUCCAAUUUGCCAACGAAACAAACCAACCUUCGUACCACGCCGGUACCGGAAAUGGAUUGCAGCCAUCGGCGAUGGGCAUGCGUGAGCGAUAUGAAACCCAAGAUUCCACUGCAGCCGGGCCAUCCGAGCCGUCGCUACAUGUUCGGUUUGCGACACCUACUCACAUUGGUCCUUCUCACCCUAGAGACAAUCCUCAUCCGCGUCGGCCUCCUUCUCCCUACCCUGUGGGGUUCCGUCGCCCAUAUGCUUCUGGUCCAAAUUACAUGUCAAAUCCUCCCUUGCCACCGUAUCCUUUGCCCUCACCUCCUUUGCCAGCACCUCCUGUACUAGCACCUCCUGUGACAGCACCACUGCACCCGGAUUAUACCGAACACGGGAACCCUUACAGACUCGCAUCUGAGCCAGAAUUGCUUCCUGAGGAUGCCAUCACUCAUGGUGAAGAACGCAUUGUGCAAUCAUGGCUCAUUCGGCAGCAGCUUAUUGCCGGAAUUCCUCCUCGGGAAAUUCAGCCCAUGGCACAAGCACGCGAAAGACAGCACCGAACCCCUCCUUACAUCAUGCUCAAUGAGAGCGGUGCCCAUAUCAUAAGAAUUGAACCUGCCCGAUUCGAGGGUGCCAUGCUUCCUCUCACAGGUCUUCCUUGGCUGCCACAGCGCGCAAAUUCUAGCGCGCCAGCCUCAUCGGAUGCACCCGAUGCUUCGGGUAUGCCCACUGGUCAAGAAAUCGCGACUGGUUCAAGCUUAUCUAGUACUCUGAACUCGCCGCUUGACCCAAACUUGUUGACUGCACCAAGCUCCCCGCGCGGCCUAGCUGCCGCCAACUCGCCGGUUGCUUCGCACCUUCCAGCUCCUGCAACCCCACCAACUGUCCCAACUCUCCCGGUUAAUUCACGCUUGGCUGAAACUCCAAACUUGCCAGUCACCCCGGACUUUCCGGCUAGUCGAAAUGCACUAGCUACUACAACUCUGCUGGCUACUUUCACUCUGCGGCCUGACUCUACUGUUUCGGACCCAACUUCUGUGCCAGAACAAAAUUCGGCGAACCCAAAUGAGCAUGUCGCGGGAAGUCUGAACCCGGAUCCGCGUAUGGUGGCAUUCUUCCAGCCUCUUAGGCUGCAUGAAACGACCCAUUCCGUCUUGGCUCCCGCGGAAAUGCGCGUAGAAGCACCAGGCACAACCCAGGUCGGCGCCAACGAGAACCGUCAAACUUCCGUGGCUACACUGCAGUCGCCGUCGCAGGGCGGCAUGCCCCUGACUGUGCAGAACUACACCGAUGCUGACUCCAUCGGUUCCCCGGGGGCUCCUGGGAUGGUCGUGUCUCCCGCCCGCUCUCAGGGCCAAGGGUCCUCUACGGGGACCGACACCGACAACAUGCCUUCCCCCGGGGCCCCCCAGCUUGCGCUGGAGAACCGCGACGAGCCCCCCACUCGUCGUGUGCAUCGGUUCGCAAUCGAUGGGGUGGAUGAGUCGGCCGAGGUGGGCCGAUUCUCUGCGGAAGCCUUUGCUUCCGGUGAUCAAUCCUCCGGGGGAGGGUUGAUCUAA